GUCUUACGAUGAAAGAAAUUCACAAAUUAUGUGGAGCUUUAAAGGAAGCUAAAAUGUUAAACACACACACGAAAAUGGAACCAAAGAAGGCCGAUCAACGACCAGUUCCCAAGCAGUAUUAUUAUAUCGAUUGGCCACAAUUUGUAAUGGUGACCAAAUGGAAAAUUUAUCAGAUCCGUCAGAAGGUUCAAGAGAAAAUGCAAAGUGAACAAAAUAAUAAAGGCUAUCUUUGCCCAAACUGUGGGAAGACGUUUGCCGCGCUAGAUAUAAAAUUCCUAAUAGAAGAUAUACGAGACAAUAUGAUCUUGGCUUGUGACGUAUGUCAUUCCGAGAUACAACACAACGACAAUGCAGAUAAUUUGAAGGGAUCGGAGAUGUUGCAUGGAAGGUUUAUGGAGCAAUCAAAGCCUAUUAUUGAUUUGCUUAAGGAUAUAGAUACCAUGAAGAUACCCUCUUCCAAUCCCAUGAAAAUGGGUGCAACUCCUUUGACGAAAGGUGCUUCUCAAUCACCGCAGGAUAAGGAACUAGCAUAUGCUCAAGAUAGCGAGCUUCGUAACGAUAUUGUUGUCGUAUUCCAAGAAAACAGCGAGGCAUCCAAAAAAUCAAAAGAAGCAGAGAUCGAAAAGAAACGACAACAAAAUGAGUUACCUGCAUGGCAUAGGCGAAGCACUGUGUCAAAUGAUACAGUAAUCGAAGAAACCCCGAGAAAAGAAAAGGUUGAAAAUAAUGAAAUUGAAGUAGAGUCAUUGGCAGAAAAAAGCAAUGAAUCCGAGAGCUAUUAUACCAGUUACUAUGCACAAUAUAAACAAGAUACUGCUUCUAGUACGCCAUCGACCUAUUAUUACAACAAUACAACCGAAGAGAUUGAAGACGACGAAUUUGAAGAGGUCGAUAUUCAGGGAAACGUUGAUAACAAUAUUAGCUACAAUAUUAAUGGGGUUAACAACACAAUUGCAGUUGAUGAUGAUGAUGACGAAUUCGAGGCUGUAGAUGUUAAAGAAACCGCAAAAGAAUUUUUGUUUAAUUCAAAUUAA